UAGUUGCUGAGCCGCUAGUAUAGUGAAACAUUUUCAAUUUCAACAGUGAGUCAGGAGACUUAGGGCCUAGUCCUGGCUCACCUUGCUGUGUGACCUUGGACAAGUAUGUUGGUUUCUCCCAGCUUCAGUUGUUCCAUUUACAAACCUGGGCUCAGGGACGCUGUUCUCCCUGUUCAAGGAUGUUGUGAGGGUAGUGGGGAACUAUUUCAGAGAGGCCUAGUGGCCUGGGAAGACAAUCUUUACACCAGGCAUGAUGGGAGCCCAGUGCUGGGGUGAUGAGUGUGGUGGUCAGCCUUUGGACCAGGCUUGUCUCCUUGGGAGCUCUUGCUUUGGUUCAGUGAUCUGCAGCUUUUCAAAUGAGCUGGUGAUUGCAUCUGGAAGUGCCCAUGACAGAGCUGGUGUCCUCCAGGGGAGGGUCCCCUACAGGGGACGGGGAGGAGGGUCUGGGGGACGAUCAAGGCCUGGUUAUCCACCACCCGGCGGAGGAACAGUGCCACCGCUGCCCACUGUGCGGGCAGACCUUCUCCCAGCAGCCCAGCCUGGUGCGGCACCAGAAGGCGCACGUGGGGGCUGGCCGCGCAGCCGCCUUCGUGUGUCCCGAGUGCGGCAAGGCCUUCAGCGUCAAACACAACCUGGAGGUGCACCAGCGCACGCACACCGGCGAGCGGCCCUUCGCCUGCCCCGAGUGCGGCCGCUGCUUCAGCCUCAAGCAGAAUCUGCUCACGCACCAGCGCAUCCACAGCGGCGAGAAGCCGCACCAGUGCGCGCAGUGCGGUCGCUGCUUCCGCGAGCCGCGCUUCCUGCUCAACCACCAGCGCACCCACGCGCGCAUGCCCACGCCGCACCCGCGCCGUCCCGGUGUCUUCGGGGAGCGGCGACCCUACUUCUGCCCUCGCUGCGGCAAGAGCUUCGCGCGUGAGGGUUCGCUCAAGACCCACCAGCGCAGCCAUGGCCACGGGCCCGAGAGCCAAGCGGCCCAUUUGAGCCGUGUGCUAUGACCUGUGGGAGACCUGCUACCACCAGCUGUCUCCAAUCCAGAAGCCACAUCCAAGGGUGCUAAAUUGCAGUGCCCUGUCUGGAUGGGCUCCUGGGAGGGGGCAGGGCCAGCUUAGGGUGUUGAAAGGCCUCCGGGCCACCCCUCCCCCUUGUCUUCCUGCCCUUGGACCCCUUGGCUGGCUGCAUGUAUCUGCUUUGGGCACCUGCAUUAAUUUGCCUCCUCCGGCUGCCUAGAGCAGCAUGUCAGACUUGAAAGCUACUUGGAGAAGGUCACUUGCCACGGUUCCCAGACCCAAGCUCGGUCCCCAAAGCCUCAGCCUCCUGUACCCACUGCCUGGUGGCCUUGAGAAGCCAUUCCACUCCAUGUCUCAGUUUGCUUAUCUAUACGAAGCCAACAGGACCUCAUGGCCCAGAACCUGCAGGGCGCAUCUGGGCAUGGAAACUAAAACUGGAGUCUCGUAGGUCCUGGGUUCCUGACCUGAAGACACGUCUCCUCAGAAGUCCUACCUCUGGAGGUGCCCUGUGUUGGUAGAGCAUGGGAUUAGAGGCUGAUUCCAUGCCUUGGUGGGAAGACUCCCCAGAUCUGACUUGUCACAGCUGGGCAAGCCUCAUUUGGCUUCCUGAUCCUAGACCUCAGCUCGGGGGUGGAGGCAGACAUCACCUGUGUGGAGAAGUGGCUUCUCUCCUCCAGCCUGGCUCAGCCCUUGGUUGAAGGGCAAGGACAAGGUGUGACUGUUGUGUACCGUUGCAGCAAGUUGAUGGCAGACUGGGCUCAAGAGGCAAAACUUCCCUGAUGACAUGGAGAGCACGUGAAGGCUUCCAUGCCCGUUCCCAGCUAGACAGGUGACUGCUUCAGGGGCUUGUGGCCCUUUAAGUGGAGGCUGUGGACCUCGUCCUAGAACUCGCGUACUCAUGGAACUCUCAGAGUGCCAAGCAGUUUCAGGAGCCUCUGGACUCCAGCCUAAAGACCUCAGCCCUGGGGAGUCCAUCUUCCAUCCUUUCCCUACUCCACACAAGUGUGACGCUCUCCUGGUCUCCUCUUGUUUGGGAAUAAAGAAUUCUGAGGCUGAGCCCCUUUUAGUCCAUCCAAUCCCUUUCUCUUCAAUCUGACAGCACCCCAAAUUUCUGGAGCCAGGCUUCCCUCCCCAGACACUGCCCAAGACUGACUCCUGGGCUUGGUUCCUUUUCCCUGUUUUGUGUCGGACAGGAUGUAGGGUUUUACAGUGGAGCCCUCUGCUUGCCUUUGGCUCUAACUUCCCUGUGGAGUCUCAAGGGAAGGUUGGCCUGCUGAAGGGAUGGUAAAUAAUUUUCUCUGUGUCUGUUCCUCGGGAAAGGAAUCGUACUUCCACUAGCCAUAUGCAAACAAUUGGACCUCCUAGCUGGGCAGGCUUGCAGCUCCAGGCAGGUAUCACCUGGGAAGGUGGGGGUUGCAGGGCACCAGAACCCUGCACAUGGUGGGUCUAAGCAGUGGGAAAAGCCAGUGGAGGAGUUGCAUGUGUCUCCUAAGUAAGCAGGGGUACAACUUGGAGAUGAGGGUCUUGGGCCACUGCUGGUCAAGGACUCAUAUCCUUACAUAUUAGCCCGUCAGUCGAGAGCCCACAACUGUCUCCCUCCCUUCCUAGAAUGAGCCACUCAUUAGGAAAGGGGGAGGGGCUUUCUUUUCUAUCAGGACUUGGUAGAAACCUCUGGAUUCCUGACUUGGGGUCUUACUGCCUGCAUUCCCCAUGCAGUUUGGGUUACAAGUUCCUACUGAACCCCUAUGCCUUAUUCUGGGGUCACUGAGUACUCAAAGAGAUCAGAGAAAGGGAAGGCGCUACCCAUACCAUGGGAACUUCCAUGCACCCUCUUUUCUAACUUAGGGCGACUUUCACCAUGCCUCUCAGCUAACUGCCCAGCUUGUCUCAUCCCCACUGUAACUGAGCCAUGCCUUCCCUUGUCCUGCUCUGAAAUGUUCUUCCCCUAGCCUCUAAACCCACUUAUUCACCAGGGCCAAGCCUCUCAGCCUACCCAGCCCAUGUUCCUUAACAGUCCUCGUGUUAAUACAUGGUGUCUCCCUGAGUAUCAUGUGCUGUUUAAUCUUGUGCUUGUUUCUUCUGUGUUUGUGUAUGUAUACGUGCUGUGUGUGCCCGUGUGCACCUUGAGUCCCCAACUAGACUGUGAGCUCCCUGAGGGCAAGGGGCUGUCAUUUCUUCUUCAACUUCUAGUGGGUCUAGCCCAAGAACCUCUCAGAAGACAACUGGAUGAAACACAUGCUGGAGGUCAUCUGAGGUGGAGGGUUGUGUGCAUGGGGAGAGUCCACAUGGCUUAGCAAGAGGUCUAUGCUGUUGGGCUAUGGCCUGACCCCUUGGAUCAACAAUGGAUGCUCAAGGUCUCACAUCCUUGCAAAUUGGAGGUAGUAGAAACAGGAGGGACACCCCCUCCCCCAACACAGAUAGACCAUGGCUACACCGGAGUGCACAUGAAUGGUUGGAUAUUCCCAAAGGUCCCUGAUAUCUGUUGGAGGAGGUGACUCAAAUAAAUGUUCUCUACAACAGA